AUGGAAAAUGGAGGUGGUGGAGGAUAUGAAGGGAGUUUGGCGGAUAAGUUUUCUGGCUUGGCUGUGAUUAGUAGUGAUGUCAACAACAACAAGGAUGGGUUGUUUCAGGUCAUGAAAGCAGUCGAAGCCGCGGAGGUCACAAUCAAACAACAG